CGCUGUGCCGCCGGCUCACGGUGGCGGUGCUGGCGGGGCCGACGGGUCGCUCAUUGGGCCAUCCGGCGCCGCGGAAGGAGCAACGCGCUGCUCGCGAGCUCUCCCCAGCCAUGUCCUACUGCAGGCAAGAAGGAAAGGACAAAAUUAUAUUUGUGACCAAAGAGGACCACGAGACACCAAGCAAUGCUGAACUGGUAGCAGAUGACCCCAAUGAUCCUUAUGAAGACCAUGGUUUGAUAUUGCCUAAUGGAGAUAUCAACUGGAAUUGCCCUUGCCUUGGCGGAAUGGCGAGUGGUCCUUGCGGGGAACAAUUCAAGUCCGCCUUUUCCUGUUUCCAUUAUAGCAAGGAAGAAAUAAAGGGAUCCGAUUGUGUGGACCAGUUUCGUGCAAUGCAGGAGUGCAUGCAGAAGUACCCAGAGCUGUACCCCCAAGAAGAUGAUGACGAUGAAGACGAUGAAGAAAAGCAGGGCAAAACUCUAGAAGCUGCUGCUGCUUCUGUAACCAAAGAGGAAGAGAAGGGAUCCAGCUAAUGAAGCUCCACGGAGGCUUUGGUCUCCUUUCCAACUUCAAAGACACACUAUAACUUAUGCAAAGCAUCUUCCCUUCCCUUCCCUUCCCUUCCCUCCCCUCCCCUCCCCUCCCCUCCCUCCCUCUCUGCCCCUUCUCCUGAUCCUUCAAGGAACACCCUUCACCUCUCUUCAGUGCACUGUGUCCUGUGAAAUUACUUGCUGCAAGGAAGUAAGACACCUUGGCCUCAUGGUCUCAAUAAUGCUGCAAAGAGGUCAGUGCAUAGCAGGGGAACAACCCAUUCUCAGGCACUGCCGCUGCUUUAAUAGUUAUUUCCUUCUCCAGUCAUGUUAAGUUUGCAGGUUGACUUGAACAAGACUAGUAGAGAGGUGGAGCCAACACACAAUCUGGAGGAAAUCCGUCAGCAAGGAUGUCCGGUCAGGGUUGAUUUUCAGUGAUUGUCUCAGAUAUUCCCAAUGCUUUUUUGGGGUGGGGUGGGUGGCAUAAAACUCUUAAAAUUGAUUCAGAAACUGUUGAGAAUGAUUGAAGUUUUCAUUUGCACAGUUUAUAUGCUUUAAUAGCAUGUGAAAUUUGCAUACGCUACUGAUUUCUGGUAAUGGAAAAUUAUUGUGUGUGUAAAGGGAGGGGGAAUGAUUAUUAUUUUUUUCAAAAGUGUUGAUCAGGUCUUGAUUUCACUGAGUUGAUAGGGGAGAAUGCUAACUACUGUUUCUCAAUGUUCCUGAUCAACCCUGCCUUUGUGGGAUUCCUCUCUGUUCAAGCCUGUCACUUCUCCAGACAGGUUGCUAAAAUAGAUGCCCUGGACAAGGAAAUUGCAAUGUUACCUGGUGUAACAGCCUCUGACUAGAUAAUUGUGACUAGAGUGUACAUUAAAGGCAAAACCUUUCUAACUUGCA